CCAAUCCAAAUCAUCUCACCAAAGCUACUCAAAGUUGUAUUAUUUUGUAAAUCCAAAAUUAAGCCAUUAUGUUUUCGACCGAAACGUCGCGAACGAUUCCUCCAAUGCCGCCCAAGUGUCCGUGCCACCUGCCGGAUAGGAAGGACUGUGGCGAGGGUAAUGCGGAGCUUAUUGCAAUGUACCACCGACAGGACAUCGAUGACGUCACCGACAGCGUGAUGAAGGUGAUGCGCAUCUGCGGACUCAAACCCUGGGAGGUCAAGCGGAGUGCGGAGGUUAUCAAGCGGUCCCUGAAGCAUUACGGAGAGGUCGUUGAGCAGAUCGAUCGAGUGCCAAGGAAGCGUUUCGCCAAGGAGAGCUUCCUGCACGGACUGGCUUUCGAGGCGCAGAUGUCCCGAAUGGACGCCCAGAUGGCCUAUGCGAUUGUUAAGCGGGCCUUUAAGGCCUUUUACCACGGCACUGGAACUGAGGGCCGUCGCUACGCCUCUCUGCUGGAACACAUGUCGCACGACACGGAGUGCCUCUGGUUGCAUGCCGCUCGACGCACUGCGCAAAUCCAUGCCGCCUUCGCCGGACUCAUGCACUCCGAGGAGAUGCAGUUCGAGGAGAGGAUCGAGUGCGUCUACAAGAACCUCUACGAUGUCCUGCAGACACGAUUCGUGUGGGCGGACGAUCAGGUCUGCACCUGCGGACAGCACACGGCCGCCCAAUCGCAAGCGAUUUCGAACACGGCCUCAUCGAAUACUGUCCAGAUGGAGGUGCUCUACUCCCGGCAGGUUAUGGCUCAAAGUAGUGCAUACUCGAAAACUUCCACUCGAGUGGUGACACAGGCAAACUCGGUGGCAAUUAGUACCGCCUCAUCGCGACACAAUUACAGCCUGAAGCACUCGACCCAAGCUAGCAGCACCGAAUCGGAUUCCCAUCGCAAGUGCAACUGUCCGCAUCUGCGAUGUUGCAGGGAACCGGGAGAAGCACGCGAAUCCCCGGAGAUUACGGCGGAGUGCAGCCAGGGUCCGUUCAUCUGCCGCUGGCUGCCGUUCACCGAGGAGGACGAAGACUUUCCCGAGCACCAAGUGCCAUUUCCACCCAUGGAUAAGGUGUGUCCACCCUGUUCCACGGAAGACGUAUCCUGCGACUCAGAGUGCACCUGCACCUGCAAAGUGUGCACCUGUCGUCCGAAAUACGACGAUGGUUUGGCUGAGGAGGAGCACCUGGGCGAGCGGAUUUCCAAGACGGGAGUGGAGGACCAAGACACGGACUUCUGCUAUGUGGGUCCCUUCCGGGGAAGCAGUGUUGAGAGGAUGGCCAGGCUGAAGGCAAGAGAGAAGCUGGAAGAAGUGGAAGAGGAGCAGGCUGAGGAGCAGGAGGUCCAGUCCGAAUGCACCUGCGAUAUCACACAGCAUGCUUGUCCACACAUCCCCACCUACUUGACUCCUUUUAGGCCGCAAAAAGAGGUUCCGGAGCCACAGAAACUGGAUGAGAAGGAUCUACAGAAGGUAGAAAGCGAAAUUGAAAGCGAAAGUGAGGACCUUCUAUCGAAGCCACCACCUCCAGGCGUCUCCUUGGAAACGUAUCGCUGCUGGGUGAAAGAUCCAUCUCCGCCCCAUUCCAGUGAGGAAACCAAGCCACCUCUCGUUGUGGUUAUGGCUGAGAAGUCCAAGACAAAGUUUCAAAUCACUGUCAAGGAACAACACCAUUCUAAUCAACCUGCAGCUGCUCCGCCGGCUCCUCUUCCCAAGCCCCCCGUUCUGCCCAACAAACCUACUCCGACUCCUGCUCCUGCAAAGCCUCCAGUGGCACCUCCGCAACCUCAAAAGGUCGAAGAGGAUAAGCUCACCAAAGAGGACAUCUUGGACAUCAUUGGCUUGAGGUACAGAUAGCGAAAACAUCUGAAAGUAUUUCAGAUCCAUCUGAAAUUAAUUGUCUGCAUCUGUAAGAUUGUUUUGAAAGUCUAGCUAUAAAGACUCGUGUUUAGUUUUUGAAAUAUCUAAAAUGAAAAUAAUAAUAUGUUGUAAAUUGGA